AUGCAGAAAAGCUGGUUCUGCAAAUGAAAAACGGCCUUAGCAGUUCAAGGUACAGACCUGCUGAACACAAAAGACUACAAGCGCUUAUUGAUGCAGAGCGCCUGGAGUGUGAUCUAAUGGGACAAAAGUUGGAAGGAAACAAUUUAUUCCUGUUGGGCUUUAAACCUUGUCAUAUACUAGGUUCAGAGGACCUGCUGUGCAGCCAAGGCAACCAAGGAGAGCUCCUUAUUACGGCAGCACAGACAGGUGUGGAGCAGAGAGUGCCCCAGGCUGCAAAAGGCUAAUCAUGACACGGAAAAGUGGCGGAGAGCUGGCAGAAGCGGGAGUUUGAGGCAGAAGUGUGGGUCCGGGGCAUGGCAGUCUUGCCUCUUUGAAGGGAGAAGGGCAGUUCUAGCUCUGGGGUGCAGCUUAUUUGGCUGUGUAAUGACUGUCUGAGCCACCCAAGGUUAAUGAUGUACACAAUGCAGCAGGCCGAAGACGCCCUCCAGGAUUUUCUGGAGAAGAUCGAGCCAAACAGUUCCACAAACACUGGCCUCUUCUCUCUUCAAGAAUAUGGUCUGUCUCUUGUGAGGGAGCGGGAGGCUUUCAGGAGAGCCACUAUGGAGCCUGCUCAGCAGCUGAGAGAUGAGCUGCACCUCAGUUUGUAUGAAGGACAACGACUACCACUCGGAGAACAUUUAGGACACCUGGAUGGAGUAAAACAGCAGAUAAAGGCUGUGAAAGAUCAUCAGGGAGUUAUAAUCACAAACCUCCAUGAAGAGCAGCGGAACACUGAAGAAGAGAUCAGGAGCCUUGAUUUAGAGAAAUAUUUUCCUAGUUCCUCUGAUAAUUUGGUAAACAUCGAUGAAGUUCCCAUAGAGGUUUUGGAUGCAGACUGCCCUUACCCAGAGCUGAAGGAGUCACUGAUCCAAGCCUUCCAGUCCAUGUCAGAGAGCUACAGGAGUAGGCUGCAGAGUUUGCAGGAGCAACUUCAAAACACAGAUAGGUUUUGUGGCUGGGGUUCCGAUGACCACCAUGGUUUCCAGUUUGUUGAGUCCAUGUACACACAGGACAUACCCAGACACAGAACCCUCUGCAUGGACAUGCUGCAGAGGCUGUUCCCUGAGAAAACAAGACAGGAACUGGUGGAGCAUGAGCGUUUGUGGGACUCGCAGCGCUUCACCCAGACACAGCUGACAGUUGUGACCCAGCAGUGGGAGAGAGACCUGGAGGAGCUGCUGGCCAGAGCCCUGGUCACCCUACAGGAGGCAAAACAUGCGCACCAGCAGGAGAUGCAGCUCCACAGGGACCGCCAGCACCAGCAGGAGAUCUGCUGGCACCUCAAAGAAAAACUGCAGCAGUGGCGGGCCCAGCAGGAAGAGGUGGCAAAGCUGGAGGCAGCCAUAGCAGCGCGACAACGAGAGGAAGAGAAGGCGAGGGUGAAGAGGGAGAAAGAGAAGGAAGCUGCCGUCAGGCUGCAGCACAAGGAAAAAGUGAGACAGUUUUAUUUGACACAGGAAAAGAGGAGGGAGGCGCUGGAGCAGAGGGAGGAGGAGAGACUGGCUGCUCUGAGGAGUGUCAUGGAGGAGCAGGCGAGGCGGGACAGGCAAAGGGUGCAGUUACGGGCAGAUAUGUUGCUGCGGCGGCAAGAAGAGAGAGGGGAGCUGGAGCUUGAGCGGCAGAGAGAAGAACAAGCCAGACAGAAUCGUCUGGAAGCUCUCAGAAAGCAGGUGGAGGUGGUGGCAGAGGCAGAUCCAGUGAGGAUGACGGCUAACACCAAAGCUUGGAGCAGCCGGAUGCUGGAUAAAGAGUACCAGAAGCCUCUCUACAGCCUCAACACAUACACCGACACACAGAUAGUGUCUGAUCCGAGACUGCGGGUCGAGCAGGCUCUGCGGGAGGCUGGGCUGCACCAAAGCCGCUACGCCACAAAGGUUCUGUCUGAAGUCAAACCCCUCAAACCGCCUCGACGUGACACCAAAUCCAAGCUUAAGUUUUGAUCGUUUUUUAUUUUAGUCAAGUCUGAGCCUGACUGGGAUCUUGCAUUGAAUAUUUGCACAAGUAUUUUAUUUAGCGUGGGAAAAAAAACCCAGAUAACUCCUGAAAUAACUUUGUUAAUCUGUCAUAAAAGCAGAUAAAGUAAACCCAAUAUGUGACCUCUGCACCUUUUCUGCAGGAUUUUUUUGGUUUUAAAUUUAUAUUAAAACUUAUAUUUGAAAUGCACCUCUCAAACUUGUUUGAUAACAAAUUUACAAAACAAAAGUUUUUCUUUUGUCACAGUAAAUAAAUUUUAUUCAGAAUUUAAUAGUUUGUGGUCUAUGUGCAAUUUACAACCGUUGUAGUAAUAUGGAAACCAGUCGACAUAACAUUUUUAUUUGCUCACAUAAAUAUCAAAGGAUUU